GUGGAGUGAGAGGAGGGUCGAGGAGGGUGGCAGUGAUGGGAUCGUAGGCAAGUGGAUCAUACCGCAGCUCGAGCUCAAUGGCGAGGAAGUAAAGUGCGGCGUAUGACGCCAGGUGAACAAGGAUUCUCGGCCGGAAGGGCGUGCAGCCUGUGCCUGAGUGCGGCAGGCGUGGAAGCAAAGCGCCGAGGUCAGGGCAAAGGAGCAACUCGGUGCCGUCGCCGCACGCACCUCGUAUCACACACUCGCCCCUCCUGACCAAGUCAUCACAACUCACCAACACCUCCUGCUUCAUCACGUAGCCCCCAAUGACAGCUUCACGUAGAGGCUCGGCGCCCAGCGCUGCACCCUCUCGACGGCAGUCUCUCAUCUCCAAGCAGACGGCACCCGUGGUCAAUGACCUCAGACCCAGCGAUCUCCUCAUCUCGCGUUUCAAAGGAUGGAAACAGGUGACCAAGCAGCUGACCACCUACAUGGAGGGCAUCGCUGACAUCGAGUACAAUACUGCCAAGGAGUACAAUCGCCUAGGAAGCGUCAUACAAGUGCCAUUCCGCGAGGGCAACCAGUUCCUUGGCGAAGGAGGUAUGCAGGACAUCUUCACCUCCAUCCGUGACCAGACGCGCAGAGUCGCAGAUCUCCACAGCGGACUGGCCAAGACCGUCGACAGCUCUAUUGUGCAGCAUCUACACAGACUCAAUGCAGAGAUCAAGGCUCACAUCAAGAAUAUUCAGCUCGACACGGGCAAGCUGGCAGAUCAGGUCGCGGUGCAGAGGGAGCUGAGCACCACGUUGAUCGCACAGCUGGCAAAGAGCAUCACUGCUCUCAAGAAUACCCCGCUGUCCGUCAAUGCUAGACAGGACCCCCACUUGCUCAACGCAGCCGUGCUGGAUCAACUCGUCAGACAGGUACAUGCCGAGAAUCAGCUGCAAAAGUCCAUCCUCAUCAUGCAACAAGCAUCUGCCCACUUCGAGGAAGGCAUCGUCCGAUCUCUGCAAAGUGCCUGGGCCACCUACGAUACCUGGCAGACCCAGACUGUCGCAGAGAUCCAGAAGACCUGGGAAGGACCAGCGCUCGAGUUUCGCUCCCUCUUCCCGAACAAGGAGUGGGUAGCAUUUGCUGCUCGAUCUGAUUGUCUCCUGGAUCCUGACACGCCUUUCCGCAAUCCAGAGGCAAUCGAGUACCCCGGCAAGGGCGAUCCAAGCGUCAUGGCUGUCCACGAAGGCUUCCUAGAGAGGAAGAAGAGGUACACCAAGGCGUACAAUGGGAGCUACUACAUCCUCACUCCUGCCGGCUUCCUACACGACAUGGGCCAGUCGUCAGAUCCUGCCACGCUAGCGCGGCGCAACCCCACCUUCUCCCUCUUCCUGCCGGAGUGCACCCUGGGACCUGCCUCUGCCCUGAUGAGCAGAUCACACAAAUGGCACAUCACCGUCACCUCUUCCUCCACGCAGUCAGACGGAUCAGGAGCGCGUCGCUCCAGUCGUCUCUUCUUCGACAAGAAGCGCGAGGUAGCAUACUCUUUCCGUGCUAGAAGUCACGAGGAGAUGAUAGAGUGGUGGAAUGACAUCAAGCAGCUCUCCAGGGUGUAUCUCACCAGCAGUGAACCGAUGGACCGCAGUGGGAUCGUGCCUGCUGCUGUCAGGGCUGCGGGGUAUCCUGAGCAAGACUAUAGCGACGAUGAGGUUGACGAUGAGGAGGGGGAGGAGCACGGCUUGGAAGCAGGAGAAGAAGAAGAAGAAGAUGAUGAAGACGCCGGUGGCUCCUCCGUCGACGAAGAGACAGAGACGGAGGACAACAGCCUCGUCGAGAGUCCCAUGGCCUCUGCGCCACCUCAAUCUGCUGUCCGCUCGUCCCAGCGAGCAGUACCGCAGCGAAGGGUGUCUAUACAGGUGCAGCCUCGAGAGGGGAACAGUACAGCCGUCGAUGAGCCUGAAGCUGAGCUAGAGGUAGUCGGCGAGGGAGUGCCAGGGUACGGCUCGGGCCCAUCUGCCUCUUCCGGGAUUCAGAUUGGGCCUGGUGGGUACGCAGUCGAGAAGAAGGGGUAGUGGGAACCCGAGACACAAUAACGAUUCAUCCGCUCUCGCUUUGUCAAGAAGAUCCUAUAAUUCCAUUGCCUUUUUAACGACACC